AUGGCAAGGUCUCUCAUCCAAGCGUGCCGCAGUCUGGCUCUCUCAACAUGGCUGCUUUCCUUUUGUUUCGUGCAUCUGCUCUGCCUGGACUUCACCGUGGCUGAGAAGGAGGAAUGGUACACCGCCUUCGUGAACAUCACCUACGCGGAGCCCGCGCCGGACCCCGGGCCCGGAGUGGCGGGCGGCGGCGGCACCGAUAUGCACACCGAGAAGACUGAGUGCGGGCGCUACGGGGAGCACUCGCCCAAGCAGGACGCCCGCGGGGAGGUGGUCAUGGCCAGCCCGGCCCACGACCGCCUAGCCUGCGACCCCAACACCAAGUUCGCCGCCCCGGCCCACGGCAAGAACUGGAUAGCCCUCAUCCCCAAGGGCAACUGCACGUACAGGGAUAAGAUCCGGAACGCGUUCCUCCAGAACGCCUCUGCGGUGGUCAUCUUCAACGUGGGCUCCAACACCAACGAGACUAUCACCAUGUCCCAUGCAGGUGUAGAAGACAUUGUGGCAAUAAUGAUUCCUGAGCCAAAAGGAAAGGAGAUAGUAAGCCUGCUGGAAAGGAACAUCACAGUGACCAUGUACAUCACCAUUGGAACCCGGAACUUGCAGAAAUACGUGAGCCGCACGUCGGUUGUGUUUGUCUCCAUCUCUUUCAUCGUCCUGAUGAUCAUAUCCCUCGCAUGGCUGGUCUUUUAUUAUAUCCAGAGGUUUCGAUAUGCAAAUGCCAGGGACAGGAACCAGCGCCGACUGGGAGAUGCAGCAAAGAAAGCUAUCAGCAAGCUCCAGGUCAGAACCAUCAAGAAGGGUGACAAGGAGACAGAACCCGAUUUUGAUAACUGUGCAGUUUGCAUUGAAGGGUACAAGCCCAAUGAUGUUGUGCGGAUCUUGCCCUGCCGGCAUCUUUUCCACAAGUCCUGUGUUGACCCCUGGCUUCUAGACCAUCGCACCUGUCCCAUGUGCAAGAUGAACAUUCUUAAAGCCCUAGGGAUCCCGCCCAACGCCGACUGCAUGGAUGACUUGCCCACCGACUUCGAGGGAUCUCUGGGAGGCCCACCCACCAACCAGAUCACAGGCGCGAGCGACACGACUGUAAAUGAAAGUUCAGUGACUCUGGACCCUGCUGCCCGGACGGUGGGAGCCUUGCAGGUGGUCCUGGAUACAGACCCCACCCCGCAGGAAGGAGAAGUCAUCUUUACUACUAACAGCGAGCAGGAACCAGCUGUAAGCAGUGAUUCUGACAUCUCGCUGAUUAUGGCAAUGGAAGUUGGACUGUCUGAUGUAGACCUUUCCACUGACCAAGACUGCGAAGAGGUCAAGUCUUGAAACGGUGGCUUCUGCAGGCAGUGGAGGCUUCAGAAGAGACCCAAUCCUCUGGGAGCCCAGUGUCCAACACAGUGGGGGCUGAGGGAUCGCCAGGGUUUUACCUUAAUCCCAGCACACUUCUGUUAAACCUCACCAGACCUCAACGGAGGGUUUAGGGGAAUCCUUAGCAGCUUGCUUCCCAGGGCUCCCCGAGUACAUCUAAAUACCAAGUGAGGAGGGACGUGUGAUUUGAUAAACCACUUGAUCUAAAAAGUACAGCAUGGGAAUUUGCUAACCCGGAGAGAGACAAAGAGGGAGAGGAAAAGAGGCAUCCAGUCGAUACCGAAACCCACUGGCAUUUUUAAACUACUUAUGUUUUUAUUCUUUUUUUGUAACUAUGACAGAGAUGUGCUAUUUUUUCAGUGGGCAGUUUUGUAAUACAUUUAGACUGUGCAGAUGCAGAGAUGACUAAGGUGGUGAACGGUUUCCCUGGACAAUCAGGGACCACCUCAUCCUCUGUAAGAAGGCGAUGCGACUGCGUGGGUUACUAAGAAGGAGAGCUUUUCUCACUGAGGUAUUUACAUCUUGGACGAGGCUUUUCCACCUCAUUACACUAAUACUCAUCCAAAAACCGAGUGGGGCUGUGUCGUAAAUCCCCGCUGCCCUGCUGAAACAUGCAGUGGAUGUCAGACUACUGGUUGCUCUUUUUUCACCAUCUUUAAUGGUUUCCUAUUUGAUGCUUUCUAAGUAGGCAGCAAGGCAAGGAAAAUGAUUACCACCUUCAGAAAUGUCACCUCUCUCUGGGAGUCUCGCACUUCCUGUAAUGAAACCCAGUGUCAGUGUGCGAAGGCAGGCAAGGGGGGGCAGGAGUCCUGGGCAUGAGCCACAUGUUUGCUGGGCCUCAUCUCCCUUCUCCCUCACCUGUGAAAUGAAGGAGUUUCACAAGAUGACGGCCAAAGCUCCUUCUGGCCUUAAGACUGCUAAUGAGCGGUGGGGGGUAUCCAUGUUUUGGCAGAUGGCGAUGACAUAUAGCUGACUUCAUACCUUAGGGAGGCAGUUCCUCGACACGAAACAUACACUGAUGGCUUUUGGGAUUCGGUACUCCUAUGUUGCUGAGAAUGAAUAUCGACAUGAUGCAAAGUUGAAGUCCAAGUAGGAGUGGUUUUGUUUUGCCUUGUUUUAAAACCACUGUUAGUCACAGGGUUUGUAAUCUCCGGAUACCUCGGUGUGGGAUUCUUCAUCUCAAGGGGUUUCUUGUUCUUGGUCAGCGUGGGUUACACCAUGUGCUCCUUCAGUCCGCUCUACCCGAAGCACAUUUGGGUAUUAACUUAGGUCAAGUGGAAUUAGAAAGAUAAUCCAACAGCAAAAGAAAUACAAACUGUAUUCCAUACCCAGGAGAGAAAAUGCCUUUUGGAUUGCAUAGUUGUCCAUUUGAUGAGUGUUGUCUCUUACUGCCGGUGACCAAGUAAAUCAAGAAUCGGUUGCCUAUGUACGCCUCUGAGGCCUAUGACUUUACCCCAAGGAGGUUCAGCUACAAAACCCUUGAGCCUAGGAGGCUCUCCAUUUACCAAAGGUUUUUUUCCAGAGGAUUUUCCUCUGGCUUUGGUGGUUAAAAAAAAAAAAAAAAAAAAAAGUUUAACCAGCAUAGAAGGGUUUAAAAGAAAUGAAAACCUUCUCCCAUAACCUUCUUCACCACCUUCCCCCCACCUCCCAAAGAGGAAAUUCUGAGCUGGGAACCCUCUAAAAGUAUAUGCAAACUUUAUGCAUAUUUACAGAUGCGCAUUUUCCUAUAAUGAGUGUCCAGACCAGCACUAUCCGAUGGAAAUAUAAUGCAAGUCACCCAUGUAAAUUUUACAUUUUCUACUGGCUACAUUUUAAAAAGUAAAAAGGAACAGUUCAAAAUAAUUUUAAUAAUAUAUUUAAUCUUUUUGUUUCAACAUGUAAAAAGUAUAAGUGAAAUAUUUUACAUUCUUUUUUGUACUAAGUCCUCUAAACCCAUCGUGUGUUUAAGCUCCCAGCAUGCCUCACUUUGGAUGAGCUACAUCUCCAGCUCUGUCUCAACAGCCACAUGUGACCCGUGGCUUCCAGCUGGACAGCGCAGGUCCAGAGCUGCUCCAGUAUUCUCACAAGAUCCCCUGACCCUUGCAAAGAAAAAAAAAAAAAAAAAGUUAAAACCUAAUUACCUCCAGAGAGAACUAGACUCCACCCAAGUUGCCUAAUGAGAGGCCCAAAGAUCUGUUUAUUUUGUAAUGGGUAAAUAUUCAGGCCCCCAUUCUUUUUGAAAUUUCUGCCUGACCUUUCUAACCAUACAUUGAUGUCCAUUACUGUUACCGUUACUUCGCUGACCAGUUGUUUUUUUAAAAAAGUCAUACAAACCAUGUUGAUUUGGUGCUGAAACAAAAUUAUCUCCCUCACUUCUAAGACAAACCCUUAGACUGGUAUGUGGCACUCAGGAACCAAAAAGAAUUCCAUCCAACUUCACCUCAACCCUUAGUUCUCCUGCUUCCGGGCUGGCAGAAGGCCUUUUCCUGGUGCCAGUGCCCCCUGGGGAUUUGAGGGGGGGAAAGUGGGAAGUUACGUACUGACUCCAAAUGCACGACUCUUGAGUGGCCUCACUGAGAAGAAGUCUUUGGGGAUGUGACUGCCCAGCCCUACUGGGUGAAUCAGGACAGCCGACAACCGCCAGCUCUCAACUCAGAAGUCAGCAUCCUCUCUCACCCAAAGGCUGUGGGCAAGAAAGGGAGCAUUUCCUUUCCCUCAGAAGAACUGAGAGUCACCUCUAGGAAUUGCCUCUUCCGUGUGGCUGAUCCCUUUGAGAAGAACUGAGCCCUGAUCAUGAAUACAGCAGCUAAAUGUUGAUUUAGUCUCCAGGGCUUAGUUACCCCUGAAAUAUUAACUCCAUCACCUAGGAAGGAAGAAGGGGAGUUAGAAGAAGGCAGAAAGUGAAUAGUGGAGGGGCGCCUGGCUGGCUCAGUCGGUAGAGCAUGCGACUCUUGAUCUUGGGGGUGUGAGUUCAAGCCCCACAUUGGAUGUAGAGAUUACUUUAAAAAAAAAAAUUCUAAAAAAAAAAAAAUAGUGGCAAAAGCACCUACCUAUUUCUGGCAUCACCUAGUCACGAUGGUAACCGUGGAGGCAAAUCCCUGUCCAAAGUUUUUUUUCAGCAUUUCCCUCGUUUU